CAAUCAAUCCACAGAAAUUCCAAGAAAACACAACCCACAUGAACUCCAAACUACUCCCACUAUUUUUUCUGCAAAUCUUAUCAACUAAUUGAUCCUUAUUACUACUUUCUCUCUCUCUCUCUCACACACACACACAGAGAAAAAAAUGGGUUCUUAUGCUGCUGUAAUUUCCCUUGAGCAGACACUGAAUCUCAUCUCCGAAUCCGAUGAUUUUCUUUCCCAAUCAGAGAAGUUGUGUAUCCUUGAUGAAAUGGAUUCAGUUCUCGAUAAAAUGGGGGAGAUUCCCAGCAGCAAGAUAGUUGAUGCGGCAGCUUACGAAAGACGAGUCAUAGAUGCUCUUCAAAUAUUCCAACAUCUUAUCGACUCUCACUUGCAAAUACUCAAAGAAGAAAUUACUUCGUUUCACACAGCAACCGACAACAUCUGCAGCAGCAACAGUUCCAAACUUUCCAAGGAACAUUAUGAAGAUAAGCCUGAGUGGAUGUGGAUUGCCUUGGGAGAAUAUGGAAGUGAUUGCAUCAUUACCGGAGCUUAGAGUGCUCAAACUGCGAUGGUAUGCCUUUUGCGGUCCUCUGUGGAAAACCAGCACAGGACAGUUCCCUGUCUGGAGUUCUUGCUGCUGGAAGACUUGGAUAUAGAGAACUUGGAAUUUGACAUUCAAUCUUUAAGGUGGGUGAUUGUUAGGCAUUGCUAUAAAUUGGAAAGCAUCUCGAAUCAAUUCGAGUACUCCAAACUACUAGAGGUAGAUGAUUGCAGCCCAUCCUUUAUGAAGAAAAUGCGCGAGUGUCGAUCCUUUUUGGGUGCAGAAGUUAAAAUACGUUCUUCAAGUACGGAUAUGUAAAGGUAAUUAAUGGUCGUCAAAUCUAUAUGGAAUUUUUUAGGGUCAAUUGAAUGGUACACUUGAAGAAUCUAAUAUUUAGAUGAUCAUAUCCUAACAAUUUUGACUAUAGCAAUAUUUCUCUCUUUUUGUCCACACGGAAAUACUCUAUUAUAAAAAAGAGUAUUGGCCUAUAUAAUAAUUUUUCUUAGUUUCGAAAACUAGCGAAAACUAUUGCAUUCUAUUUCACUGACUUGCAGUCUCUUCAAAGUGUUUCGAACCAUUGAGCCUUUGACACUCGAAAUAACGAAGAUGUAUACUCUAAAGAAUGAUACCAACAAAUCAGUGGCGUUUUAGUUAAUAUUGUAUAUUUCAUCCUAUAAUCAUUUUUCAGUUCAUUAACCAUUAUAUAUCUACCAGAUCAAUUCUAUGUUGAUUUUCAACUUAGUUGCACGGUGAAUUUUGCUUUUUCAGGGAUAAUUACGUUUUUCGUCCUUAUACUUUACCACUUAUUCGUUUUUCGUCCCUAAACAAGUUGGAGUGACAUUAUUCGUCCCUAAACAUGCCAUUUUUUAGCA